AUGCGCAUAUCAAAGACACUGGAUGAAGCCCAACCUUUAGAACAAGUAGGAUUCCGCAAGGAUUUGCUGCUGGAUCGCAUCCAGAAGGUUUCGAGAAUUGACGAGGCUUGCCUACCUCUCGUCCUAAUCUUAGUCGACUACGAGAAAGUGUUUGACAGCGUCGAGACUAAUGCCACACUGUGGCGCUCGUCGACCAAGGAGUGGACCAUCAUUGGAUAUUGGCCGACUGCCACAAGAACUGCUCUACAA